CGUUCCCUUGUUUUCUUUGUGGCGAAGGCAAAAAGCAACACCACUAUCUCUCCCUCUGCCCCGUCUCCCCUCGUCCCUGGGUCGAGCAGAGCAGUAUCUCGUGUCGGUGCUCACCUGAGAAUGUGAGCAUCGGCAGCAGUUUCGGCUUUUGAGUUUUCAGACUCUCCGGUCGCUGGAAAGCUUCAACUGAUUCAGUAAAGCUGCGGGCAUCUGAUCCAGUGUCGAUGAUCAGGAACAACAAAGAGACCCAUCCGUCGCUGCCUCCCAACUACCUCACGCUUGCACAGCUCCGGGAGCGAUGGCUCAAGGAAAAGCAGCAGGGAAAGCAAGAGGAGGAGGAGGAGGUGAAAGCGACGGAGCAAAGAGAGAAUGAAGAUAAGGAACGCCAAAAGCGCGAGGAUCAGGAGAACCGUUACGAGAAUGGGGAAACGAGCCAGGAGCCGAGCAAAACUGUGCCUCGUCGUCGGCCGUUUCGACCGAAUCGGGGGGGAAAACGCUUGAUCGCGGUUGGAGUAAAGGAGCAGGAGUCUGUGGAGUCGCGAAUCGUAGAGGUUGCGGUUAACGAUUCGGAACGGAAGAGGGAUGGUUCCAAGAAGAAGAAACUGUGGAUGAAGAUGAAAGCUAGGCCGGAGAAAGGUGGAACCGGAGGUACGGAGCAGCCAUUGCCGGGAGAAGUGCCGAAGGGGGAGAGUGCGGAGGCCGUGGUUAAAGGAGACGUUGAGAAGGUGAUGAAAGGUACUGAAAUCAAGCGGAAUGGCGGCGAUAUGCGGGUGCACGGUAGUAACUGGGAGGAAGAAGCUACGGUUGGUGGAUCGGAUGAAAUCGGAGGGAAAUUGGAGGUUCUUUCCCUGGGCGGCGAGAGAAGAGGCGACCGGAGAUCGGCUGGGAACGUGUAUCGUGAUCACUUCAAGCACAACAGGGGUUCUGCAGGGUUUAAUCUCUCCAAAAUUCAGAAGCCGAGGGAUUCAAAAUUGGUUUGGGUUAGGAAAGGGGAGCCGUCUGAUGUCAAUCUUGCCCAGAGCUCAUGAAAGGAGAACAAAUGAAAAGGGAGAAAUUGCUGCUCUUCCUGUGUCUCUAGUGAGCUCAAUAUACAAUCUUUUUGGUGCAUGUAAAGAAAAUGAAUGCUUUGUCAUUUUCUGAAAAGUAGAUGCAUCAUUUGCAAGAAAACUUAUCAACUUUGUGGAUUUUCUUUGUUUAUCAAAUGUUCUAUCUUGAAUGUGAGUUGGCAUUUAUAAUAUGUUAAAUUAUUAUGUUGAGGUAUUGAGAUGGUUGCCUUAUA